AUGCGGAAGCACCAACAUUCGAUCAAGCAUGAGGUGGCAGUGGACCGACAACAGUUACGAGACGGCAAGAAUGCGGCUCAGAAGACUAUUGUCGACUUCGAAAACGGUGACGCGGAAGCCAACCGUUUGGCAAAACUGGAAGCUUUGGCGGCAAAGGAUGCCGCCGAGGCCUACCCCGACCUUGACCUCGUCGACAGAGUCGUCCGCUCCUUGGCGGAGCAGCUUGGACGGUCGGGCAACUUCCACCUACGCUUCAAAGAGCUGCAGGAGGUGCUCUGCCAAACAAACCUGGAGCUGCAGGGCAUCCACAGCGUCAGGUGGCUUUCACGUGGUCUGGCGGUUCAGCGUCUGGCGGACAACCUUCCAGCAGCUGUCAUUCUACUGUACGAGAACGACCCGAAGGCCUACCUCCUUGUAACCAGCUUGAAAUUCCACUUCCUGCUGUUUUUCUUGGCUGAUGUGUUGAAGGAACUCGACGCACUCAACCUCAAGUUCCAGCGACGGCAGGUCGACGUGACACACGUGCUGCAGAUGGUGGACAACACCAGGCUCACCCUCCGCAACCGUUACCUGAGUGACGCGGACGACUUCGGAGAGGGGAGCAACGAGCUGAGCGCCUUUUUGGCGAAGCAUGCGUCGUCGGAGAAGAGGGUGGUGAAGGUGACGGGCACCGACUCGACUGGGGCGCCAACCACUCAUGAGUACACCCUCCAUGAGCAGAAGAUUAAAGGUCAGAAAUCUGGCGGGGGCUUGGACGACUGCAUCACACUGGCGAAGGGGUACGUGAAGGAGCUGCUGAAGCGUUUGGAGAGCCGGAUGAAGGAUUUGGGCUCUCUCGAGGGCGCCAAGCUGUUCACGCAGGGGGCGUACCCGAAAUCUCACUCGAAGCGGCAGCGGCGGUUCUUGCAGUGGCUGGAGGCUCUCCGCAAUCUGUUUAAGCGAAAACCGACCGACCCUGACACCCUGCCAGGCGCGAAGAGGAGGCGUCCAGCCAAGGAUGUGGUGAUGGUGCAUGCGCAGAGGCCCGUGAAGCGCACGAAGAAGACCCUUGCGAUGCUGGCCGCGAAGCAGGCGGCAGCAACAGCAGCAGCAGCAGCAGAUGCUGCUGCUCGUGAAGCAGCAGCUGCAGAAGAAGCAGCCAGGCUAGAGGAGGAGUUGGGCCCCUGGCAGAGACGGGCAGGCCACGACAAAGUGCACAUGGCUUCAGAUUCAGAGCUAGACGGGGACGGUGAGGAAGAUUAUUCUCAUGAUAGCGAUAGUGAAUCCUAG